AGUUUCCAUGGAUACCACAAACUUACUACGACGGAGCUGUGUAGUGUAACAAAACGUAGCUAGCUAGGCUAACUUAUUUCACUAAUUACGAAAAGUACUCGUUUAAACAUCUUGUGCAGGUGAGGACAUCUAAAAAAAUACCUCAAAACCGACGAUGUCUGGGAACUGGAAUAACGGACUUCCAUUUUUACCAGGAUACUCUUUUUAUGAUGUUACGAAGUCAGUCUUCCAUCGGCCCCAGACACUGGACUACAAGAAUGGCUAUGCUCUGCCCCGUCGCCCCACUGUGGGCAUUGGACAGGAUCCUCUUUACUCAGAGCAGUUAAUCCAGCAGGAGCUCAGUAAACUGUAUUCUGAGACGCCAGACAUUACUUACGGCUCCUUUGACCAGAGUGUAGUAGAAGACUUCAUCCCAGCUCAUGUGGCCCUUGACAAGAAGGUGCUGCGCUACUAUGCAUAUUUUCAGGAAAAUAUCCUAUUUUCCCCUGAAGAGGAGUGCCGCACACGCCCAGUGGUCAUUUACUACUACCUUGAGGAUGACAGCAUGUGCAUCAUUGAGCCCGUGGUAGAGAAUUCUGGGAUGCCGCAGGGAAAACGGAUCAAACGUCAGUGUCUGCCCAAGAAUGAACGUGGAGAUCAUUACCAGUGGAAAGACCUGAAUAUUGGCAUGGACCUGGAGGUGUACGGGGUCAAGUACCACAUCACACUUUGCGAUGCUUUUACAAAGGAAUUCCUGGAGAGUGAGGGCAUUGUUCUCAACGACCCGGAGCCGAUGCCUUGCGUAAAUCGUGACAAAAACCCUCGGCCUUCCUACAUAACACCGUCCAAAUUUGACAACAAGCAGCAGUUUCUCACCAUGGAUCGUAAGGUGCUGCGUUUCUUUGCCCUGUGGGACGACGCUGACUCUCUGUUUGGGGAGACCCGGCCUGUAACCAUGCAGUAUUACCUAGUGGACGACACGGUGGAGAUCAGAGAAAUCCACAAACCCAACAGUGGCCGCGAUCCCUUCCCUGUCCUGAUGCGCAGACAGAAGCUGCCCAAGAAAAUCAAACCAGAGUCGGAGACCUUUCCCAGCUGUGUGCUGGAGGUCUCAACAGCAGAAGUAGAUGAGUACUACUCGCCCAAAGACUUCCAGGUGGGUCAGAGGAUUACCCUGCUGGGCCGUCACUUCCUGCUGUAUGACUGUGAUGGCUUCACUAAAGAGUAUUACCAAAAGAACCACCCCGACAUAAAGAUGAAUCCCUCAGAGGUACCAAAAAACACUGACCUGCUUCAGGAGAAGAAGAAGAAGGAGGUUCCUCCCUAUAAUGGUUUUGGUUCACUUGAAGACUCUCUCCAGAAUUGUUUCUAUUUAAUUCCCGAGCCCCCCAAAAAGAAUGUGCUAAAGAUGCUGGAAAACGACCACAAAGUGUUGCGCUACUGUGCCAGGCUGGACUCCCCGAAUCCCGGAGAUGAGGGCCGACGCUUCAUAAUGUCCUACUUCCUGUCCAAUGACAUGAUCAGUAUUUAUGAAAAGCCCAGUCGCAAUUCUGGUAUCAUUGGUGGCCUGUUCCUGGAAAAGACCCGCGUCCCCAAGCCGGGCUCCACACUGGACAACCCUGAUUUCUACUCACCUGCAGACUUUGCUAUUGGAGCCACUGUGGAGGUUUUCAGCCGCCGCUUUGUGUUGACCGAUGCUGACCACUAUGUGCUGAGGUACCUGGAGUCCAACGCGAGCCAGAUCCCAUGUCAGACACUGGAUUCUUUGCGACAGAAGCUCGGCGUGGGGACGACAAAUAAUCAACCAGCUGACCAAAAUGGUGAUGAUGUAGGAGAGCCAUCUACAUGAUGUCGGGGAAGGUCGGAUCGCCUCAAGAGUUGUUCCCUCCCCCAAUUAAUUAGACCACAAAACAAAUC